AUGUCUGACAAACCGUGUUCAUCAACUCGUCACAGCAGUAGCGGUAGCAGUAGCAGUAGCAGUAGCCUCUCUUCUAAAGAUUUUGUGCAAGUACCCAUCCAAGCGUCACUGCCCUGCACAAGACAAAACGUUAAUGCCCAUGACGUCUUGGAAUCCAUCGUUCGAGUUGCGCGUGCGCAGGACGUUUUACAAGUAGCCGAUUUCACGACACCUGAUGUCCCAAAUACAAGAAUAAUUGGAGGAAAUGAUACAUCUAUAGAAAAGUAUCCUUAUACAGUACAGAUCCUAUAUGACUCUCAGUUGACGUGUGGAGGAGCCCUUAUCACAUCUCGUCAUGUCCUCACAACGGCACACUGCUUUGUGGCAUCGAACGGUCAGAUUGUGAGUCCGAGGUACUUCACAGUGAGAGCUGGUUCAACUUAUCUAGGCAGAGGUGGUGAUGUAUACAGUGUGUCAGCUAUCACAGUUCAUGGCUCAUACAACACUCCGCUUCGCAGUAACGAUGUCGCGAUAGUAACACUGACCAAAGCUGUGAAUUUCACGAGCAGUGUGAGGAGAGCUACAAUAGCGUCGCGAAAUGCGGUGGUUCCAGACAACGGAUCGGUAGUAGCAGUGGGCUGGGGAAGAACUUCGCUGGACGGACCCGAGUCCCAGGUACUCCAGGCCGUGGAGGUGUUCAAAGUGUCUUAUCAGGAGUGUUAUCAGCGUUACGACGAGCUCCAACAAGCUAUCAACAGCCCCUUCCCCGUCACUGACGGCAUGAUAUGUGCCGGAAUACUUGACGUUGGAGGUAAAGACGCAUGUCAAGGUGAUAGCGGCGGCCCACUGAUACAUAGAGGGGUGGUUGUGGGGCUGAGCUCGUGGGGGUUUAGCUGCGCGCAACCCUACUACCCUGGAGUGUACACCAGAGUCGCUACAUACGCUACCUGGAUCAAUAGCACGGUGAGGAAAUACUACUUGUUAUAG